UCGGCUUGGGCUCGCUAUCGCGUUGAGUCGAGUCUGAGCCACCGCCGGAGGAGAGGAGGGGGGCCGAGCGGCGGAGGCGCGCAAGGGUUUGGGAGCCGCCGCCGGCGACCUUGGCCGGAGCGCAAAAGACUGAGGAGGCGUGGUCGGGGCUUGCCUGCUGCCGGCGGCCGGCGACCGGCGACCAACGGCCAGGACAGCUUGUGCUUAUACUGUCCUGAUGGAAACCGACAGAAGCCAGCCUGCUCCAAUUGACCCAAGAAGAGCUCGCUUUCCUUGUUGUAUAGUAUGGACACCAUUACCGUUAAUCUCAUGGUUGAUCCCCUUUAUCGGUCACAUUGGCAUCUGCAGAGAAGAUGGUGUAAUUUUGGAUUUUGCUGGGCCCAAUUUUGUAUCAGUUGAUAACUUCGCGUUUGGAGCAGUUGCACGAUAUAUUCAAGUAAACAGUGAUGAGUGCUAUAAGCUUCUUGAACCUGAAGGAGCAUCAACAUGGGAUGACGCGCUGAGGAAAGGCGUGCAGGAGUUCCAGCACAGGGGCUACAGCCUGUUCACCUGCAACUGCCACUCCUUCGUCGUGAACAAUCUGAACCGUCUGUUCUACUCCGGCCAUGACAAAUGGAAUGUGGUCAGCCUCGCUGCUGUGAUGUUCUUACGGGGUCGCUGGGUGAGCACAGCGUCGGUGGUGAAGACUUUUUUCCCAUUUGCACUGGUGAUCACCAUCGGCACUCUCCUUGGCGGCGCGACAUUCCUGAUCGGCUUGCUUGCUUUCGCUGCGGUGAUGACUGGCUGGUUCCUUGUGGGCACCUACUGCAUCAAGAGCCUUGUAGAGUUGUAGCUGGAGUAGUAUAUUGGAUUGUACUUGGUUUUGGGUCUCCUUGUGAUCAAAGGGUGCAUACUUCUAAUUUUUAUAGUUGCUUGUAAGGUUUAUUUUUGACUGGAGAGAUCUAUGAACUGGAAUAUAAUUUGUAGCUUGAUGAACUGGUCAUCGAUCCAGACGGUUAAUUCUUGACUGGAGAGACCUAUGAACUGCAGUAGAAUUUGUGGUUUGAUGAACUGCUCAUCAAUCCAGAUGGUUGCGGCAUGAA